AUGCUGGUGCGCCUUGAGGAUGCAUUGAGCUUCACGAACGAGAAAGCCGCCUUGGGAUGCGAACAUUGUCCAGUCGAAGUCCACUGGUGGAUUUCCCGUGGAUGUAAAGGGAGACCAACCAUACCCGAUCUCGCCACAUUCAUAUCGCAAUGGUGGUCCUGGUGGCUCACGCUUCAACCGGAGUGGAGAAGAUGUCAGGCGCCAACACUUAUGACACGUGCAAUUCUCCCUCGCACAGAUGAUGGCAGUUGGGACUCCCUCAACAAACCAGGCACAAACGGCAUGCUCUCAGUUGUGGCUACCUUAAAGUGGUGGGCAGAUGACGCUGAUGGAAAGGGGCACGAAGACUUAUGCUGGAAAGAGGCUGCAGACGAUGUCGUGUGGGUUUUGGACCAACUCAUAGCAAGUCGUUCUGCGUUGAAGUCUAUGGUUUGCAGUGGGAGCAAGAAACAGGGUCGUUCUGGUACUCAGGUCAAUACAUCAUCAUUGAAGAGGACGCGUAAUUGGCAGUAA